AUGAUCCCUAAACGUGUCACUCAAGAUGAAACUUUAGAUGACAAUGAUACAUUCGAAAAUGAUUCGUCGAACGAGCGAACGAUUGCGCGUCAACGUCGUACGGCACAACAUCGAUAUUCAACCAGAAAGAAAAAGAGUUCAACAUCAACAGAUACAUUAUAUUUCAACAUAGUUUCUCUUAUGUUUCCAUUUAAAAAUAAAAACAAAGCAGGCAAAACAUCGAAAAAAGAACAACAACAGCAACAUCAAACGUCGAUUGCAUUAACAACCACAGCACCAAAUAGUGGCCAUAAUAAUAAAAAUCAGGAUGAAUCACAAAAAAUAUUACAUAAUAUUCCCAGUGUAUCACAAAUCGCACCAAUUCCAACAAAUCAGUCUAGUAGUGUUUUACCCAUCCUAAGCUUAGAUGGACGAGAUUAUCUUCAUGCAAACAAUACGAAUAAUUGCAAUGAAAAUAGUAGUGCACAAACAAAUCAAAAUCAUUCGUUACCGGUGAGAGAUAGGCCACAGAGUUAA